CUGGUGUUCCAAAAAAAGGUCGUUAAACGCCAACAAAUUGCAUUAGCACCUGAGCUAACUAGCGCGACUAGCUGAAAACUAGCAAAGCCGCGUUUGAACGUGGGCAGAUUUUAAUAUUUAUCUAAAAAAGGUGAGAUUCCUGGUAUUAAAAAAAGAGCCAUUCAUAAAUGUGUCUUCCUCCUAUACACAAUAUUAGCCUUUUCCCCUCCACAUUUUACACAAGCUAACAUGACCGAGAGACUGACCUGACAGCACGUGCUUGUGUGAUAGGGGGAUGUGACACGACUGGUUUUCACUUCUGCACAACGAAUAAAAACAGACCGAAUCCAGGUCAGAGGUAAUCAUUCCGAUAUCAUUUACUAAGUGAAACUUUACAACUGUGCUCAAAACGUGCAUCUUUCCUAUGCGUAUUCGUAAUGCGUAUGUCCUGAUUGAGAACGGCCAUAUCUUCCUUAUUAGUGUAAUAAAAUGUCAAUGCUGGUGCCUUCAGCAGUGUGUCCUCUCUCUCUCUUAAGUGGAAAUGAGAAUUACGCCACAGCUCUACUCCACACUCCGUCUCUUUAAACGGUGGAGUGUGUUAUUGUAGAGGGGAGGGAGGGAGAGAGGGUCAUUGAGUUCAUUCCCAUCCCGUACUGAUGCAGCGCCCUCUAAAGAAAUCCAGGAUUGGAUGAUUUCUCUCCCUCUGCCGUUUCAUCAAGCUGGCUGGGCUUUUAGCAGGCAGAGAUAAGUGUCAGAUGUGCGCUAAGGAGGAAAAAAACCCACAGCAGCCGUGUAAUCAGCUAAUAAUUCGACUGUGCCCAUGCGAUUUGAUUUGACCUUUAAUUCAGGACACCGAGCCGCGAUCAGCUGAUGACUAGCCGGGCAGCUGCCAUUUUGCAGGUCAACCGGGGUUUCGCUUAAAACUUGUCCAGCGCACAAAGCCGACUAAGCUAAAUAAUUGAGCUGAGCUCGCUCCGUCGACGGCAACAACAGGGUAUCGGAGAUGGAGAAGAAACCGGGCCGCUGUCGGGAAAUUUGAGCGAGCAUGGCUGACGGUAACACGAGAGAGAUGGAUAGAGGGAAAGGCAGGAUUACGGGCGACUCGUUUCCGAGAGGCGGGUAUGCACAGCAGUACAGCACGACUCUGCCCGCAUUGCAAGGUCCCGACAUACAGGAGCUCGCGUCCAAACGCGUAGACAUCCAGAAGAAGCGCUUCUACCUGGACGUGAAGCAGAGCGCGCGGGGCCGAUUCCUCAAAAUCGCAGAGGUGUGGAUCGGCAGGGGAAGGCAUGACAGCGUGCGGAAGAGCAAGCUCACGCUAUCCAUGGCCAUGGCUCCCGACCUGAGGUAUUGCCUGGGGGAUUUCAUCGAUUACUACGCGCACGUAGGCCUGCGAGGCGGCCACGCGCCACGGCCUGAGGAGUCGAGUGACGCGCAGCGAAGGCGACAGCCAGACCAUCAUGCAGCGCCCGCAUCACCCAGCGGCUCGGCGGCGUCCGAAGAGCCCGCACACCGGGUGCUGAAGAGCGAGUCAAUCGAAGGCGACAACCGGAAGUACUAUUUGGAUCUGAAGGAGAACCAGCGCGGCCGCUUUUUACGCAUCCGGCAGACCGUGAGCAGGGGGCAGGGCGCAGUGGGGUACUAUGGCCAAGCCGUGGAGCAGACCAUCGUGCUGCCUGCGCAGGGCUUAAUCGAGUUUCGGGACGCGCUCUCACAGCUCAUCGAGGACUACGGCGACGAGCGCGAGGCCAACGGACGAAGCGCGAGGGCGGAGCGCGAUCGGGAAGCGGCGUGUGCCGAGCUGCCCGAGGCAGCGUCCUUCCGAGUCGACAACAAGCGCUUCUACUUCGACGUGGGCUCCAACAGGUAUGGUGUGUUCCUCAAAAUUAGCGAGGUGCGACAGCCGUACCGGAACACCAUCACGGUGCCGCUGAAAGCCUGGUCCCGCUUCGGUGAGAACUUCAUCAGGUACGAAGAGGAAAUGAGACGCCUGUUCACCUGCCGCAAGGAGAAGAGGACAGAGGCGCAGGCGGACAGCGAAGAGCGCGAGGAUUGACAGCGGCCCGCCAUCUAUGUUCUGUUGCAGUAUGUCACAGUGCUCCGGUUUAUACAAUAUCCUCAUACAUGUUUCAAACAGUGUACCUCUAUAGCCUGUUCAAGUACCGCACUGUACUGUACAACUCCGAUCAAUCACAAUAGCACUUUUACAUUCAAGUACUGUUUUUGUUUUCCUUUUUAGUUCAUUUUAUGAACGGUUGGCUUGAGAUCAGGUUGUGUAUGAGCGAUAGCCUAAUAUAUAUAUGAGUUUUGUUUUGUUUUGCUGACGUUAAGAGGGUCUGAACACGAAAUGGAAAGGUCCAGAUGGAAAUGUGCAUUCAGCAAUCUGCAGUGAGGCUGAAGCGCGCGCGCUCGUCUGUGGGCGUGUGUGUGUGCGCGCGCGGGUGCCCAGGGAUUCUCUCUUUCUCUCUCUCGAUUAUACAUGCAGAAUUAGUGCACUACACAGAGUGUACAGGUUGUGCAAAUUGGCUGUGAUGCAUGACCACAUGCACUCUUAGAGAAAUCUAGGAGUUUUUUAGUAAAAGGGCACCUUAGAUUAGGAGAACACAUCAGUUUGGUCUAAAUGUGGUAUGUUAAGUAAAGACAUGUAUAAUACUAUGCCUGAGACAGUACUAUACAUUAUUUUUUGAAAAACGUUUCAAAACAUUAUACCACAUCAGUAAUACAUACCUCCUGGAUACACUAAUACAAUGUUUUUUUUCUCCCUUUGUGACAAAGGUUCGACCCACAGUAAUGUCAGUCAAACAAAAAUGUAAUGAUCCAGACUGCUUGAUUUUGUUAAAUUUUUUUCACUGGCUUGUUCAGCAAACCUACAAAUAUCACCCAUUGCUUUUAUUAAAGCAAUGUUUAAUGAAAGGUUACAUGCACUAUUUAACAAGCAGAGACUCAUUUAAACAAUGGGUCUGUUCUAGUUAAAAGAGGGUUACACCUUGGAUUAUAAUUCAGUUUUCCUUACGAAGCUAUAAAGAUAAAAAAAAAGUCAAGAUAUGAAAUUAAUAUUUAGAUAACUGAAUAUAAAUAAGAUUUAUAGAUUGAUCAAAUACCUAAUAUCAGGGGGCAUGGUGGCUUAGUGAUAGCUUGGGGGUUCAUUUCCUGCCUCUGCCGUGUGUGUGCGUGGAGUUUGCAUGUUCUCUCUGUGCUUCAGGGGUUUCCUCUGGGUACUCCGGUUUCCUCCCCCAGUCCAAAGACAUGCAUUGUGUGUGAACGGGUGGGUGUGAUUGCCACUUUGUCCAGAGUGUCCCCUGCCUUGUGCCCUGAAUCCCCUGGGAUACUCCAGGUUCCCCAUUACCUUGUUUAGAUGGAUGGAUAUACCCAAUUUUAUGAGCACAAUAUGUUUAAACUAUGUAAAUAGGUCUCGAAUAAAGAUUAAUAUAAUAAGAUAUUCUAAAAUUAAUGUUCACAUAAAUGUGAGCACCUGUCAUCCUCUCUGUAUCACCUGAGAGCGAUAAUAGCAAUAGUCACUAGCUGAAAUGAAGAGAAUCAACAGAAUUGGUAGACUUGUAUGUGGUUUCAGCAGUAAUGCUCCUAAUGCUAGGCUUCAAGUUUGCUAUUAGGUUAAUUGCUCGGGAGAAUUUGUGUUCUCCAAACACAGACCCAGUUUUUACAGAAACGUGUAUGUUUUAGCCCAAGCUGGAUUCACACAUACCUGCACAUUAGGUUCAGCUAAAUUGCCUUGAAUUAAGGCAGAGAGAAAUGUCAUCAACCCUCUAAUAUCUAUUAUUAUUGUUAUUAUUAUUAUUAUUAUUAAUAAUAAUAAAAAAAAGUAAAAGAAAGUGUUGUGAAAAUGUAGAGAUGAAUUUAUCAGCGCUAAAGACCUGCAUAUUAUUUUGCAUAAUUAUAACGGAUGACCGGUGGAUAGCCACUUCAUGACUUAAAUGAUAAAUGUUAUUAAAUACUUAAAACUUACAGGAUAUUAUUAAGGGCUUUACAGCAUGCAUUUUUAAAAGGGGACUUCAUAUCGUAACUGUUUUCACAGUUUAACAGCUCUAAGGUCCUUUUCGAAGGUGUUAACCAACGGAAAACAUUUAAUAGCGCUCUCUCAGCGUUGCCAGUCCCCUUUUGAGGACAGCACAAAUGUUUAAAGCACUCUUAUAUAAUAACACUAAAAUGUCUGUCUUAUCAUUUAUUUUCAUUCCAGUUGUAUGCAUUGCCGGUGUUGUGCAAUUUGCUGUGGAAACUUAGACGGACACAGUAAAUCUGAAACAGUUUAAAAAAUAAAAAAGUGUUCAAAAUCUUAGAGAUUUUAAUAGAAUAGUGGUGUUUAUAAGAUGAUAGUGCAAUGAAAACAGUGUUCCUCAUUCAGUCACCCAUUAACCUCUAAAUUGACUGUCUUUUAAAUGCCUUUUCUAUGAGGCGAGUCCUCGUAGCACAAAUAUACUUAGAGGUUAACUUCCUGAAAGAGAUAAAUCCCCUCUUACUUAUUAAUAGCGGGUUGAGAAAUACACUCAAGCAUGUUCACGUAUGCAAAUAAUUGUCCAGCUGACAAAAAAAAGCAAUCGUUUCAUCAAGUCCUAUUGGUUCGUAGUGCUUUAAAUGACUUUUCCUUGUUUUCUUUUGUUUUUUUGGACCCUCAGCGAUUUAUUUUCACUAAAUGAGUUAGAUCUACUUCACAUGAUGAACAUAAGGAAACUCUAAAAGCUGGGCUUUUGCUCAGAAGGCUGAUAUAAGACAUAGGCAGCACUUCCCACAAGCACUUUAUUCAAACAGCACUUUGAGCUGCUGCUACUGCUGCUGCUUUUACUAUUCAAUCUUACCGAGAGGAUCCGUUUCUCAUCCGAGCGACUACAAGGGAGGGGUCUCGUUCAUUUCGUGAGAAUGACAAUCAUACACCUAAAAACAAAAAACAAACAUUUCACUGUACACGCUUUAGUGAUGAAGAAAACACAGCACACACUAAACGCCCUGUAGAAGUAUUAUGCAACCUUAAUGUUAGUGUUUUAUGACAGCUAAGGUCUUUCAAUGCUUAUGCGAGACCUUAGCUGUCAUAAAACAGUAAUAAAAAAUAAAUAAAUAAUAGUUAAUGAAUCAUAUACUGCAUGUAUAAUUGGAAUUCCUCCUUUCAGACUGUCCAAGCAUAUUGUAUAUGAGAGUUGCUUCAAGUGCAACAUUUCUGCUAGCAGUACACUUUUCUGGAUUUUCUGGAUCUUUUUUGGAUCUUCUGGGCAUGGAUUUUACACCCAGUCUCCGUCUAAAUUGUCAGUGGGAAGGUAAUCUAGGACUAAUCCAGAAAAACCUGCCCUGACAAUUCACCUUGCUUUGUUUCAUUAACUCUUUAACAACUGUGGUUUAUUACCUCUCUUUUAUAAUUUCUUUCUUUUUGAAACAUUUCAGGGCUCACUCAUUCUGGGCAUUGACACAGCAUAGGUUUUAUAUUACACUUAGUUAAUUGUAUCCAAAUAUGAACCUAAUUUCUUAAAGUUAAAAGGCUGUACCCUUGACAAAGUGAUAAAGGAGUAAAGGCCAUAAAGGAUGUUACCUCUAAACAACGCAUAGGACAGAUGAAACAAACGCAGAACAGGUUUUAUGCACUUUAAAACUGCAUCCACGUUUGUUCCCUUGACCUCAAAGAAAUAUUGAAAACCAUGUUGUGUGGAAAAUGGUCAGAGUUCUGUGGUGUGUCGUGUGGUACCAUUUUAUUCAGGGUGGUAUUGCUAUACAGACGUCGUGUUUGCUUUAUCGCUAGUUUACACCGUUUUUCUUUCCAAGUCGUUCAGGACGAUUUUGGUAGAAAUUUGAGAAAUUCAGUAAUCCGUGAGGCUGUUUAAAAAAGUUUCGCCUGUUACAUUGCAGCUAUCGUAGUUAAUCGUGAAACUUGAAUUCACAAAAUUGGACUGUUACAACGCAUCCAAGUAACACUUUUAACCCAUAAGCCUUAAAAUCAUUACAAUGUGAUUGUAAUGAUUUAGUUUAGGUUUAUGAUUUGUUGGCACAACUUUGCAGUCUUUCGUUCCUCACCAACACUUUGUUGUUAUACUUCUUUUCAGGAACAUUUCAGGCCUAGCAAGCGAACGUUUGGAUCUUGUAAGGGAGGAGUAACCGAGCAUUCCUGUAGUACGAAUAAAGAAUUCAGUCAUGUUUCAAAAUAGCAGUCCAGCCAAAGGUCACAGGCCUUUUUUUUGUGUUCUCAAAAGAUAAAAGUUCGAUGUAGGUAAUGUGCUGUAAAGGUGUAGAAGCUUUAUUGAUUUCUUUCCUUUUUUCCUUUGUGUUGAUAAUGGCAUCUCUGCUGCAGUUGGAUCUUAGAAGUAGUGUUCGAUAAAGGUUUCAAAAGAAAUGGUGAAAUAAAAAUGUUUCGGUGUAUCUUUUUUGACAACGUAACGUACAUCCUUAGUGUGUCCUCCUGUAGAGUAUUAUAAGACUCGAAACAAGAAAGCAAUUGUUCUGUAUUGUAGCACUUUCUUUAUCGUGUGUACUGUAUUAGUUCCGGUUUAAUAUGUAUGGUACUGUAUGAAUAUUCAUUAAUUGCCUUGUAAUGUUCGUAAAAGGUUGCAACAUGUAGGAUAUGUAUCUGAAGGCUACAUAAUGUUUUUGGGGUUUUUAUUAUUAUUUGUUCUCUCUUUUUUUGUUUGUUUGUUUGGUUUUUUUUAUGUUCAUGCAUGCCGACAGUUGGGUCCUUUCUAACUCUAAAAAAUGGUGCUAUAUAAUAAUAUAUAAAGGUGCUCAUACGGACCACAGCUGCAUGCAUGUCGAGUUAAAAAUUGAUGAAGUAGAACAAACGUGAAGCUAGCCAUUGGUCAAUUAAAAAACAAAACAAAAAAAAAAACAA